CACCACUCACUCACUCACACCAUUGUAUUUACGCAGUAGAAAAACUAACAAACAAAAAAUAAUUUAUAGAAAAGGAAAACGUGGGGGCCAAAAUGUGUUGGUUUAACCAUACCUAUUAGGAAAAACCCUUCAUGCAAUAGCAUUAGCAGGCUGCAGCUAACAUCUCCCCUCUCUCUUCUCUCUCCCAUGGCUGCCUCCAAAAAGGAGAGAAAAAAAGGAAAGAGAAGCACCUUCCUCUGCUCCUUCGCUGCCUGCUUCGGUAUUUCCAAUAAAGUCUCCGCCGAUCACAGCGACAGAAAAUCGCUCUCCGGCCGCUACCAGAGAGCUGCUCCUCCGGUCAACGACCAAUAUACCGCCGCGCCUCCGCCGGAGAUCCUCAAGAGUAAAGACAUUAAUGUUGUGGAACAGGAUGAGGAGGAGAAGAAGAUCGCAACUCCAUCUCCAGAUCAACUAAUAACCACCAAUAAGAGGCGCGAAAACAGAGACGAAUUGAAAUCGAUAGCAACGAGUUCGAUGAUAAAGCGGACGGAUAAUCAACGGAAAUUGUCGCACUCGGUUUCUCUGCCGAUUAUACAUCAGAGGAAGCAGAAAGCGGCGCCUGCUCCGGCGGCGGCGGUUGACUCGACGGUUGGAGCGGUGAUCGUAUCGGUGACUCUGGUGGUAAUGAUAAUUUGGGGGAAAGUUUGGGCGAUUGUGUGCGCGGCAGCAUGGUUUUACUUCGUGCCGCGAUUUAGGCCGAAGAUGGACGAAUCAUACGCCGUUAAAUUCAGGAGCGGUGAAAGCGACGGCGUUGAUUUUGAUUCGUGGGAGUAUAAGAAAAGGGUUGUUUUGCAAGGUUUGCUCCAUCGGAAUCAACACCUAUGACACUUGAGUUUGAUUUUAUCAGUUGGUGUGGUAUAAAUUAUAAUUCGUCUUUUACAUUUUUGUCUUUUGUAGGGGUGAUUUUAAUUUUGAUCGAGCCAGUUUAAAAUUGGGGGUGUUUGUUUCAUUUUUUUUUCUCAAGAUAAUUGUAUACAUUUUUUACGAGUGUU